UGGAAAUGGACUCCUCGAUACAAGACGAGACGUCAGAGCACCGCUUGCUUGGCGAGAACGAGAUCAGGACGGCCGACGAAUUCACAGUGGACGGCCAGCCCUCUGCAACACCGCUUGGCCACAUCACAACACUGCUGUAUACUUCCCACGCGCUAUCCACGUGGAACUCAAGAGUAUUCGAGUUUGGAAGCUUCCUCUUUCUAGCUGCCCUGUUCCCGUCGACUCUGCUUCCGGCUUCCAUUUACGCACUGGCGAGAUCUGCAUCCGCCGCUGCAUUGUCGCCAUUCCUCGGCUCGUAUAUCGACCAUGUCGAUCGUCUGCGAGUAGUCCGAGUCUCGAUAGUCAGUCAGCGCCUUGCUGUUGCCUUAUCCUGCGCAGGACUCUUUCUUUUGGAAGAGUCCGAGGACCUUCGCACUAGCAAAUGGUCUUUUGUUGGCCUUGCGAUGCUGUCAAUGCUAGCUUGCAUCGAAAAGCUGGGUUCAGUCCUUAACACCAUAUCUAUCGAGCGCGAUUGGGUCAUCAUAGUGGCCCACAAUCAUGAAGAGACACUUCGCCGUGAGUUGAUGUGCACGAACUGGACAGCGCAUUGUCUGAUUAGCGUCUGCGUAGGAAUGAACUCCCAGAUGCGGAGAAUAGACCUGUUCUGCAAACUCCUUGGACCGUUAGCGAUCGCAUUUCUCGACGAGUACUCUUCGCGGACAGCAAUUGUUGCCACUGGCGUAUUGACACUCGCUUCCUUGCCAGUUGAGUACUAUUCGAUCUUUCACGUUUAUAGCAAUGUUGCUUCGUUACGACAUCCCAGAACACUGCCAGCUCGACGUUCCGGCCGCAUUGGCGUAUACGCAAUGAUCACAAGCUACAUGGCCAAGACUAAAACAUAUUUCCGACAUCCUGCCUCUCUGCCCUCAAUAGCUCUCGCUCUGCUCCACUUUACGGUUCUUUCGUUUAGCGGACAAAUGAUCACCUAUCUUGUAGCUCUUGGGACUCCGUCAGGUAUGGUUGGAGUCCUUCGUGCCGCUUCUGCUGUAUUCGAACUAGCGACUACCUGGUUCGCUCCAAUCAUCAUGUCCCGUAUAGGACCAAUUCGAGCUGGAAUCUGGUUUUUGAACUGGGAAAUCGCUUGCUUAAUGGCAGCAGUUUUGGUCCUUUGGUCCGAUCUUGGCCCAGUAGCUACCGCGGCUGGACUGGUGUCUGCUGUAGUCGUGAGUAGGAUUGGUCUGUGGGGGUAUGAUCUGAGUGCGCAAACAAUAGUGCAAGAGGAGGUCGAAGAGGAGAAUCGCGGUACUUUCUCCAGCCAAGAAUUCAGUCUCCAAAACAUUUUCGAGCUCUUGGCGUUCGCAACGACCAUAGUCUUUCCGCGUCCAUCACAAUUUAAAUUUCCUGCUACGAUCAGUGCAGCAGCAGUUGCACUAGCGGGUAUUCUGUACGCGCUGUUUGUACGGUCACGAAGGGGACACCUCGUCCAUCUCUGUCGUUGCAUCGAUCGCCACGAGAUGCGCAAAAGGUAUCAGCAUUGGUUGCAAAUACCACUCCAGGAGGAUGUGUCCAUGCAUGGAGGCCGGCGGCGCUCAGGGUCAACGUAAAACAGCUGGCAAUCGUAUCAGGUACUAUCCAUCUUGUCACGGCACCGCACCUAACAUGACGUAUUGAAUCGUUUGUGAGUGAGGACCUAAGUUGUCGUUUGGAUAGAACAGGCUUGAUGACGAAGGUGAAGAGACGGCGGGAGUGAAGCAGUAGCGAGUUCUGCUCUGCUUGGCGAGUCGCGCCGCUAGAGAACCCAUGCGACAGCAGGCCCUAGGGAC